ACAAAACUUGUUUCUUGGUAGAAAAGCAACCCCCACUCUCAAGCAACUUCUUUGUUUGGUCAGUGAUCUAGCUGUACAAAUCAAUAAUGCCAAUUGUACAAAACUAAAUAAGGUGGCAAUGUAAUGCAAGUGGAAACUAAAUUAAGAGUGUAAAGGUCAAUGGCCAAUCAAGUCAAGUUAAAUGUUAAUAUGAAUGAUAUAUCAACCGGCCUCACACCACGGUCAUGGGAUUUGAAAACAAUGACAAAAGAGCAUGGGUUGACAGAAUUAUGCAGGCAAGCUGAAAAAAGGGAUGUUAGCACAGCUCUAUCUGUCAUUCAAUCCAACACAUCAGCUGCAACAUUCUUGGCCUCAGUUUCUUUGACUCUUUCUUCUCUAAUUGGAGCUUGGAUUUCCAGUAACUCCAAUAUUUUCUUCCAGAGUCAAUUAAUCUAUGGUGACACAAGUGCAACCACAGUUUCCAUUAAGUACAUUUGCUUACUUACAUGCUUUCUCCUUGCUUUUUCAUGUUUUGUUCAAUCAGCAAGACACUUUGUUCAUGCAAACUAUUUGGUAAGCAUACCGGAUAGUUUUGUUCCAAUUAGUAGUGUCGAAUUAGCAGUAAUAAGAGGUGGUGAUUUUUGGUCACUCGGUCUUCGAGCUCUCUAUUUCGCACUAAACUUGCUUCUCUGGUUCUUCGGUCCGAUACCUAUGUUUAUUUGCUCAUUGGUUAUGGUUAUGGUUCUUCAUUAUCUUGACUCCAACUCGAGGCCACUGCAUCUGCAUCCUACUAGGUCUCAGGGUGGCAAGUUUCAGAUGGCAAAGAACAAUGGAUUCAACGUUGUUUGAUAAUGAAGCGCGAAUUCGGUGAUAUUGAUGUAUGAAAAAUAAUGUAUCUUAUUCUUCUCAAUGAUUAUAUGAUUACAUCAGAAUAUUCUCAACAAAGCAAUAAAAAUGAAAAAUUAGAGUGGAAGGGUUGAAUGACA